AUGACUGCUCAUCUCCCUGCCCGCCAGCCCUUUGCGGCCCUCGACUGCCCUCGCCUGCAUAGCCUUGCGAGCACAAAGAACCGCCAGAACUCCAUCCCUGCCUCCAUUGCCUACUCUUCUGCCCCGGGAAAGCUUUCAUCGACCUCGCCGUCAAAACGUCGCCACACCACCUCGUCCUUCGAUGACGAAUAUGACGGCGAAAAUGUCGACCCCGCCUCGCUCAAUUCCUCGACCAAGCGCUCCAAGGCUCCCGAUGGAUCACCCAAGAAGGCAUCCAAACUCCCCUUGACCGAUGCCAUCAAGCCGGCAUCAUCAAGCCCACGUCUCGCCUGUCCUUCCACCCAAUCCCUUUCUUCCAACAUCCAAAAGUCCAAGAAACAAUCUACUCCAACAAAGUCAUCAAUUAGCACCAGCCGUGGCUCUCCAAAGCACAAGCGUGUUGGUCUUCUAUCCAAGCGUCGUACUGCCGGCUCGUCCGUCACUCGCAUCGACCCUCCAUCGCUUGGUUCUGGCUCUCGUCAAAGCUCCAGCUUGCCAUUUUCCAUCGAUGCCGCUCUCAGCGGAUCUGUCUCCAGUCAUCCCCCGGCCCCCAAGGUCGAGGAACCCAAGCCUGCCACGAGCGAGCUGAACAUCCCUACUCUUGAUGAGGCCAUGCCCAAGGGAUGGUUCUUUGAGAUCCACGAGGACAGCCCGGAAGAGGAAGCCACCAACAUGAUGGAGCACUCGGCCGGUGUUCUUGACAUCUCUUCCGAUGAUGACUCUGAUGCCAAAGCUCAAAAUGAGGCACGCGAAAAGGGCAAGGAGAACAUCCCCCCUCCGGACCACUACCAGGCUAGUGUAUCCGCCCAGUCUACCUCGGGCCGCAGAGGCACAGCUGCUUCAGCUGAGGCCCAGCUGGAGCCAUUGAAGCUCUCCAAGCUCUCUCGCAAGCAGAACAGGGAUGACAUGGAAGAGGACCGCUCGCCGCUGUCCGACCUGCUUACCUCGGACUACUUUGGUGAGGGCCUCGACGCCAACUCCUACGUCAUUGUAGAUGGCACCACACCCGAGAAGCCGUCCAGUCUCUCGAAGGAGUGCAUCUUUGACGAUGACGAGACGGCUGAUGAGACGGCUCGCGUUCCGGCCGAUUCUACUUCUUCCAAGGCAGGCUCAGACGAGGCUCGUCCGCACGCCAGCCCUGCUGCUGCAAAGCAGCACGAGGAAAUCACCAUCUUCGAGGACGAGGCCAACGCCGCUCCUCAAGUCGAUGACAAGGAAGGCGCCGCUGCGAGGGCCUAG